GGUCGGCAAGCAGCAUGUGCAUUACAACCGCCAUGAUAAUGGCUACAGCGGGUCACCAAAGAAGGACUUGACUCGUAAUACCAUACUAGCCACUGAAGCAUACAACAAUCCAUCUGGCUGGCUCACCGGGAGAGGGGAGAUAGAGAUGUCGGUUCGAGUGAAGAGGGGCUCGACGGUGCUGGGUGUUCUGACUAGUGAUCCCACCGAACCAAAGAUCAAGAAGAAGGACACAAUCACUAGUGCUACAGGUACUGACCAACAACAGGUGCCAUCCAAGUCCAAGAAGCAGUUUAGUUUUCUGUAUUCCCUGCUCAAUCCUCGCUCUCGACAAUGGCAGGCGGUGCUCUUCAAGACUGUCAUUUUCAGCGUCAUUGUGCUCGAUUUGGCUUCCUUUAUUUUGUCCACGGAAAAAGCGUUGGAAAAAUACCAUUCCUAUUUUCAUGACAUGGAAAUGGUUUCAUCGGCAGUCUUUUUAUUGGAGUACUUGGCGCGAUUGGUGAUUUGCGUCGAACGACCACGGUAUCGACACCAUGGUCCAUUUUGGGGGCGCUUGCGGUUCGCGUGUUCGGGAGCGGCCAUUUUGGAUGCUCUGGCCACUCUGCCCUUUUUCAUUGAUCGGCUCGUGGGAUCGGAAUUGCCUCGAUUGACGUAUUUGCGCUUUUUAAGGAUGAUGCGCAUUACCAAAACUAGUGGUGCUACCAGAGCCACGUCCGCGGUAUAUCGAGUCAUUUAUUACAAUGGGGAAAUUCUCUAUGUGGCAACGUUUGUGUGCAUUAUGCUCGUGUUGGGGACCGGUGUCAUUCUCUACUAUUUGCGACCUGUGGAUACCCACCUAAACGACUACUCGGAUGAAGAGUUCCAGUCCAUAUUGUCCACCAUGUACCUAGCCACACUCAUGUUGACAGGACAAGGCAGUCCUCAAGGUGACCUUCCGUGGUAUACCAAGGUCGUGGUGCUAGGUACAAGCAUCGUGUCAGUGGCAAUGUUUGCCAUUCCAGCUUCGAUGCUCACUUGGGGCUUUGAAGCCGAAGCAGCACGAAUGGCGAAGCGAGCGUACGAGAUUCGUAAACGCAGAGAAUCGGGGCUAUCGGACGAUGACGAUUACUCGACCGAUGAAGAAUAUCAAAAGAUUAUUGCAGGGGAAGAGACGGAAGAUGAUGACUCCAGCGUCGGUGCCAGCGAAGACCCACUGCGCAAACAGCUCAUGGAGAGUUUCCAGAGCGCAGAUGCCGAUGGUUCUGGAAACCUAACGCUCCGGGAAUUUAUCCAGCUGUCGUUGGAACAACAACAACAACAACAACAACAACAACAACAGCAGCAACAACAACAACAAACGGGGGGCAUGGCCUCAAUGGCAGCGGGAGAUGGUCCUGUUUUGGCGGGGAUGAUGUGUCGAGUACAACAGUUGGAGAAGGAAGUCAAGUCGAAUAGUGAGAAAUUAGACCGGAUUCUGGAAUUGCUGGAGCCAAAGAAAGACAAAUGA